AAAUGUUACAGUUAAGCAUGUGCGGUAGUGCGAUUAACUUCGCUGUUUCAUGUUGUUUUUAAGAUUGUGGUUUCAUAAAUAGAUCUGUUGGAUUUUGUUAUAAUGUUGGACAAAAGGUUCAAAAGUUUCAGGAAGAAGAAACCCGAAGCCCAAAAGACUAUUAGUUACUUCCAAAUUUUCCGCUAUGCGACGUGGAUCGAACUUCUGGCCACAAUAUUCGGGGUUAUACUGGGCUUCCUGAGCGCUGUAGGGGUAGCCUUCAGUCUGAUGCUCUAUGGAGAGACCAGAAACUCACUGGUCGAUAGGACAUCGUUCCAAGAACGAACGUCAAAUGCUCUGCCACUGAUGGCGUUGAUGGGUGGAGGCAGAGUCUUAACCAACGCCAGCAAUGAAGAGAACAUGCGAGCCCUAAAGGAGGACGCCGUGGCGCUGGCGUCGGGCAUGACCGGCAUGGCCGUGUUGUGUCUGCUGGUUGCUGUGUUGUCCGUCAAGCUGGUCAUUUGGAGCGCUUUGCGGCAGCUCCAGCGAAUACGAAUGUUGUUCUUGAAUGCCGUUCUUCGUCAAGACAUGGCGUGGUACGACACGGACACCUCAUUCAACUUGGCUUCUAGAAUGUCAGAGGACUUCCAGAAGCUCCGCUCGGGCAUGGGCGAGAAGCUGACGGUGAUCUCCAACUACGUGGGCAGCGCCGUCAUCUGCCUGUCGCAGGCGCUGCCGCUGGGCUGGCAGCUGGCGCUGGUGUGCAUGUGCAUGGUGCCUGUGACAUUUGCAUCCAGUAUUUUGCUUAGUCGGUAUCAAACGCUUUCAUCGAUGAAGGAAAUGAACAUGUUCAGUAAAGCUGGCAAGCUGGCGGAAGAGAUCCUCAAGUCCAUUAGGACAGUGAAGGCGUUCGGCGGAGAACAGAAAAGUUUGGAGAGGUACCAAUCACUGCUACUCCCAGCUGCAGCGUGCGGUGAGAAGCGUGGAGUGUACAACGGCAUCGGGACCUCCUUCAACUGGUUCCUGGCUUACUCCGUCAAUUACAUCUGCAUCUUCUACGGCACCGGCCUCGUUCUGAACGACAUGAACAAACCGGCGAGCGAACGGCAGUAUUCUGUUGGGAACCUUUUUGGUAUUCUCUUCAGUGUCUACAUAGGGAUACAGUCUAUCACAUUCUGCGUACCCCACAUGUCAUCAUUCACCGACGCUAAGGCGGCAGCCACCAAUAUCUUCAAACUUAUAGAUCAAAAGCCACAAAUUGACUGUUUAAGCACGGGUGGACUAAAACCAAGAAAUCUCAAGGGGGACAUUUUGCUAGAAAAGGUCAAGUUUAGCUAUCCUUCUCGCCCUAAUGUUAAGAUCCUGAAAGAAUUUUCUUUGCACAUUAAGCCUGGAGAAAACGUGGCUAUUGUUGGAUCAUCUGGAUGUGGAAAGUCAACCAUUCUGCAGCUGAUACAAAGACUGUACGACCCAGAGUCGGGAGAAGUGAAGCUGGAUGGAAGGUGCGUCAAGAAGUUUAAUUUGGGAUGGCUGCGAUCCAGCAUAGGAAUUGUUGGACAAGAGCCCGUUCUGUUUCGCGGGACUAUUCGUGAGAAUAUAAUGAUUGGUGACCCCGACGCGACCCAGGAGCAAGUUGAGGCAGUGGCGAAGAUUGCGUUUGCGCACGGCUUCAUAGUCAACUUGAGUAAUGGCUACGAAACCUUGAUCGGUGAACGCGGAACCAGUCUAUCAGGAGGUCAGAAGCAGCGGAUUGCUAUAGCGAGGGCGUUGCUUCGAGAUCCAGCUAUUCUCCUUCUGGACGAAGCCACAUCUGCCCUGGACCCUCAGUCAGAGAAAAUGGUCCAGGUAGCCUUGGACAAAGCCAGCCAGGGACGCACUACUGUCAGCGUCUCUCACAGAUUAUCUACAAUAGUUAAUGCCGAUCGUAUCGUUUGCAUGGAUCAAGGCACCAUUGUGGAAAUGGGAACACAUGAAGAACUGAUGAACAAACAAGGGAUAUAUUGGAAGUUGGUAACUACCGGUAAGGAAACGAAGGAGCCGGAUAUAAUUGAAAAUGUGAUGGAAGAUAAGAAACCCGCCGAGUUAGCCGCGAGAGAAGAUCGGAAACGACACUCCAGUAGAAAAACCGUGAGAAACAUUUCUAUGCGGAGAGAUUCCUUCGAUUUCGCUCCUGGUCCCCGUUAUUCGAUAUCGUCGUCGAUGGCAGCUGAGGAGGUUGAAGUGGAAGAUGUGGAUGAAUACGAGGAUGAAGAACCAAUACCAGAAGUCAGCAGUUGGGACAUACUAAAGCAGAAUCUUCCCGAAUGGCACUUGAUACUGAUUGGGUGUAUAGCUGCUUUCGUAUUAGGUGCAUGCUUCCCAGUUAUGUCCAUUGUUAUGGGAUACAUUGUUUUGAUCUUCAGUAACCACGACGCCGAAGUCGUUUCCAGAGAAGCUAAUUUCUACGCUGGUCUCCUGCUCCUCAACGCACUGGUCUCAGCCGGGUGCACCUGCCUCCAGAGUGUCAUCUUUACCAAGACGGGCUUGAAGAUGACCACUAGACUACGCGUCGCCUACUUCAAGAGCUUGCUUAAUCAGGAAAUGGGAUACUACGACAGACAGUCCAACACCGUGGGGACACUCUGCAAUCGUCUGAGCAACGAUGUGGCCGAGGUGAAGGGGGCUACUGGACUAAGAAUCGGCCUGAUACUGCAAGGGUUCAGCUCACUGUUCAUCGGGCUAGUUAUCGGGUUUAUCUACAGUUGGAAGAUCAGUCUUGUUGGGUGCGCCAUGUUGCCUAUGUUGGUUGGAAGUGUUUGGCUAGAAGGUGUGAUCUCGAAGAAAUCUGUGCUGAAGGAGAGAGCUAUAAUGGAGACGUUCUCGGGCCUCGCCACUGAAGCAGUGGUCAGCAUCAGGACAGUGCAGAGUUUAGCUGUAGAAAACAUAUUCCUAAAGAAGCUUUCAGCUUCAAUGGAUUUGGCAACGGAGGAACUGGCGGUCCAGAACAGAUGGAGAGGUGUGGUCUACGGGACUAGCAUAUAUGCGCCUUUCCUAUGCUUCAUGUCUACAUCAUGCUAUGGAAUGUUCCUAGUGGCAGACGAAGGAUUGCAGUAUAAUCAUGUUUUAAUAGUUACUGUUUCCAUAAUGUACGGGGCUUACAUACUGGGAGCAUCAUUGAUCCACGCCCCUAACUUCAACUCAGCAAGGGCAUGUGGAGCCAGAAUUAUUGCAACCAUCAACCGGGUUCCAAAAGUCAAGACUGCCGAUGGAUUGAAAGAUAGGAGGGACUGGGUUGCAACCGGAGACUACAGUUUCAACAACGUCGAGAUGAGCUACCCGACCAGACCCCACCUGAAGGUGCUUCAAGGCCUGACUCUUAAAGUGGAGUCGGGGAAGACGGUAGCCCUAGUGGGAGCGUCAGGAUGCGGCAAGUCCACGGUGCUGCAACUGCUGCUGCGGUUCUAUGAUCCAGACUCGGGGACUAUAGAACUGGACAAUCUGGACAUAACCAAGGCCGUCACUCUGCCACGACUGCGUCGCCAGCUCGGGGUGGUGCAACAGGAGCCCACGCUGUUCGACGCGACUCUCGCAGACAACAUCGCAUACGGAGACAACGGAAGGGCAGUGUCGAUGCAAGAGAUCAUUGCCGCAGCGAAAGCUGCUAAUAUUCACAACUUUAUCGCUUCGCUGCCUAAUGGCUACGACACAAACCUAGGCCCCGGUGGCGCCCAACUCUCUGGAGGUCAGAAGCAGCGCGUCUGCAUCGCUCGAGCGCUGAUCCGGUCGCCUCGCCUGCUGCUACUGGACGAGGCCACAUCAGCUCUGGACGCAUCCAGUGAAAAGGCUGUGUCUGAAGCGCUAGAUGCCGCCGCUAAGGGCCGCACGUGCAUUACGAUUGCACAUCGGCUGUCGACGAUCAAGGAUGCGGAUUUGAUUUGUGUUAUUCAUAAAGGUAAAAUAGUUGAACAGGGGACUCAUGCUGAGCUCCUAAGCUUGGGCGGCCAUUACUGGAAGAUGAGUCAAGGACAGCCUGCAAUGUAGCUUUAUAAACCACAGCUACAAACUAUAAUAAUGUGUACACAACUUUUAAUUAAUUCAUAGUGUGAAUGUGAAAAUUGCUCAUUGUAUGUUAUUCAAUUUAAGUUACAAUUAUAAUAAUGUAGAAAGCCAGACUGAGCAAAUAGUUUGUGAUAUUUAACGUGAAUAAUAAAGUAAGGUGAUAUCAUUUAAAUGUUUCUUUAAAUA